AUGGAUGGAGGAGUGAGGAAGAGAUUCGUCGGAGAAGAAGGAGGGAGAGGCGAUGGCCUGCGGCGAGUGACGGCGACUAAGGUUAGGGUUAGGGUUGGUGGAGUGGUUAAAGAAGAUGAGGGUAUUUUAGAAAAUCACCCACACACUUGUGUAGACGAUGUUUAUUCACCGCCAUUCCUCAUCGUCGGAGGAGGUACCACCACCUUCACAAUCCCUCAGAUCAACCACAAUGACUCUUCUCCGCCGUCGUCAUCUUCGUCUCCAACUUCUUCACUAAUUAUAGUAAUCAUCAUCAUCGCCUCCUCUGUCAUCGUCACUGCCUCUCUCUACCUCCUCUUCCGUUUCAUCACUCAGCGCUGCAACAACCGCUCCUUCGCUGCAGUACAUGACGUCGUCUCCUCCAGAAACAACCGCGACGAUUCAAAUCGCGAUCGGUGUUUAUACGAGCAGCGGAACUCCUCCAACGAUUUGAUCAACUCUCUUCCUCUCUUCACUUUCGAUUUUGUGACCGGAAACAUCGUUAGCGGUUACUACGCUGUGUGUUUAUCGAAGUUCGAGAGGAAUGAUCAACUACGGUUCCUCCCUUUGUGUUGUUAUGCUUUCCAUACUGAUUGCAUUGACGCAUGGCUUUCGUCCAAUCAAACGUGUCCGUUGUGUAGGUCCGCUGUGUAUCCUACUAAGGAAGAUGUACGGAAUCAAAUCAUUUCGUCCACGGCUCCAGAAGAUCACAGGAACAGUUUCGGAAUUGAGAUCGGAAGUGUGAGUCGACGACGAGGUAGGUCCGAUUCCAGCGAUGGUCGAAGAUCAUACUCAAUCGGCUCGUUCGACUAUAUUGUCGACGAAGGCUACGAAGUCUCCGUAGAUUCCACACAUCGGCGAGGACUCUCUGAUUGUACUUCCGUUAGCUUGGACUCGGCCGGAGUAGCGGUGGUGGUGAACACGCCGCCAGGAGAGAAUUUAGCUUCUGAAGUCGUUGGACGAAGAUGGCUGAGAGACUACGUGGAUGGACUUACGUCGAUUUUGGUCUCGCACAUUAUCAUUUCGCAGCUCCGGCAGGUUUUUCACCGGUAG